AUGGCAGAGCAAUGGGGAGAUGCAAUUUAUGCAGCCCGGCGAAAGGGAGAUGAAACCACGAGAGAAGCAAUGUUCACAUAUACCAACAGCAAUAACACCAAGGAUCCCUUUGAGGGUCCCAAUUACCACAUUGCCCCUCGAUGGGUGUACAAUGUUGCAACAGUCUGGAUGUUCUUUGUGGUUAUCGCCUCAACCUUCACCAAUGGCCUGGUACUGGUGGCCACGGCCAAAUUUAAGAAGCUCCGUCACCCUCUCAACUGGAUCUUGGUCAACCUUGCUAUAGCUGAUCUGGGAGAGACUCUGUUUGCCAGCACGAUUAGUGUCAUUAACCAGUUUUUUGGCUACUUUAUCCUUGGACAUCCCAUGUGUAUUUUUGAAGGCUACACUGUGUCAGUAUGUGGUAUUGCUGCGCUGUGGUCCUUGACUGUCAUCUCUUGGGAGAGAUGGGUGGUUGUCUGUAAACCAUUUGGUAAUGUCAAGUUUGAUGCUAAAUGGGCAUCUGCUGGCAUUAUCUUCUCCUGGGUUUGGGCUGCUGCUUGGUGUGCGCCUCCCAUCUUUGGCUGGAGCAGAUACUGGCCUCAUGGUCUGAAGACCUCUUGUGGCCCUGAUGUCUUCAGUGGAAGCGAGGACCCCGGAGUCCAGUCCUACAUGGUGGUGCUCAUGAUCACCUGCUGUAUUAUCCCUCUGGCUGUCAUCAUUCUCUGCUACAUUGCUGUGUAUCUGGCCAUCCAUGCUGUUGCCCAGCAGCAGAAGGAUUCUGAGUCCACACAGAAGGCCGAGAAGGAAGUGUCCAGAAUGGUGGUUGUCAUGAUCUUCGCCUACUGUUUUUGCUGGGGUCCUUACACGUUCUUUGCCUGCUUUGCUGCUGCAAACCCAGGCUAUGCCUUCCACCCUUUGGCAGCAGCCAUGCCUGCCUACUUUGCCAAGAGCGCCACCAUCUACAACCCCAUCAUUUAUGUCUUCAUGAACCGACAGUUCCGCGUAUGCAUCAUGCAGCUCUUUGGAAAGAAGGUGGAUGAUGGCUCUGAGGUGUCCACAUCCAAAACAGAAGUGUCUUCUGUGGCUCCUGCAUAA